GCUUGGCGAGGCAAUAAUGCAAAAGAAGUUGCAAGACUUGCAUCAUCUCAAAGUCAUUCUGAUAAAAUGGUAAAAAUAAUAACAGCUCAACCAUCGGCAGCAUCAGCCUCGGUUGGUCCGGUUGGUACGCACAGUAUAGUUUUGAUAGGGCACGCGAGUGGUUGAGAUCGCGAUUCUUGCGAUGGAGUUAAAGCGCUUAGUGUGGAAAGUUGAAUUAUUGUACAUUUUUUCGCUGCACUCACUUGUUCAAGCACAAAUUGUGCCGUCCUGCAGCGAGAAUGUGAAGCAGUACCAUGCAAAAUCUUCUACCUACUAUACGACCGGUACCGUGUACUGUGGUGGAUGGAACAGGAGAGAAGUUUCGUACGAAUGCCCCACAACGACUUGUUCCCUGGAGUAUACAUCAUCCAACAAAUCGGUAUGCUGCAGUGGGUACUACCAACAAUCCGAUGGCCUGUGCUAUCCGAUUUGCAAAUCACGCUGCGAAAAUGGUUACUGUGCAAAGCCGGAAAAGUGCGCCUGCUCGAACGGGUACACGAUGACCAGUGGGGUUUGCAAGCCCGAAUGCAGUCAUUGCCAGAAUGGGAUCUGCGUCGCUCCGAAUCAGUGCAUCUGCAACAAAGGCUUCGAGCGCACCAAUGCCGGCACAUGCGUUCCAAAGUGCACCGACGUCUGUCUGAACGGGAUCUGUAACGACCAGGGCCGAUGUGUCUGUGCCGAAGGGUAUUUCAAAAGUACGGUAAUCGCUGACUUUGAUGGGCUCGUCAACGCAACACUGUGCGUACCGAACUGUGAUAAGCCCUGUCGUAACGGCCAGUGCGUCGGGCGCAAUCGAUGUCAAUGUCGCGUUGGCUUUCGGCCUUCGAACGAUCCUUUUCAAUGUGAACCGAUCUGUACGAUUGAUUGUUUGAAUGGCACAUGCAUUGCUCCUGACAUGUGCCAAUGCGACGAGGGCUAUCGCUUCGAAGUGAAUCGAUGUGUUCCGGUGUGUGAUCCACCCUGUCGCAAUGGCGCCUGCGUACAGCCGAACGUGUGCACCUGCUUGGAAGGAUACACGAAGAGAAACGAAUCGGAAAAGCACACAUGUUAUCCAGUGUGUGAUCCUCCGUGUGAAAAUGGAUUCUGUUCUCUUCCUAACCGUUGUGCAUGUAUAACGCCUGGCUAUAAGAAAUCGCCACAUUUCAGUUAUAAAUGUGAUCCGAUCUGUGAUGAGAAAUAUUUUAAUAUAGAAAAUGGCGUCUGCAUAGCUCCGAAUGUAUUGCAAUGCAAUAAACAUUACCAUCUUACACAACUCCACCAAAGUGAAAAACUGGGUUGCGAACGGACCUGCAAUCCCGAGUGUGUCAAUGGUCGAUGCGUGGGAAAUGGUCGCUGCCAGUGUCACGAAGGAUUUAAGACACGGGAGGAUCUGCCCAACAUCUGUAUGCCAAUUUGUGAUCCACCCUGUGAGAUGGCCCACUGUAUUGCUCCGAACGUGUGUCAAUGUCAUGAAGGACACGAAAAGAACGACACGCAUCUCUGCAUUCCAGCCUGCAAAUCCACAGUGGUGGACUGUACCAUGGGCAGUUGCGUUGGCGUGAAUGUUUGCGAGUGUGAUGAAGGCUAUACACUAGAGAUGGGUGAGGAUGGGGUAAGGCGAUGUGUUCCUGUGUGUGAUCCACCGUGCAGUUUUGGCACUUGUGACAGCUCUAACGAGUGUGUGUGUUGGGAGGGAUACAAUAAAUCCCUAACUGCGUCUUCCGUUUGUGAGCCAAUCUGUGAGGAUGGCUGCGAAAAUGGCACUUGUGUGGAGCCAGCAACCUGUAAAUGUUUGGAAGGGUAUACAGCUGUUAGUGAGAGUGCCUGCUCCCCGUACUGUGAUUCUCAGAUAGUCGAUUGUGAACACGGUGGAACUUGUAUCGGACCCAACGAGUGUGAAUGCUUCCAGGGAUACAAGCUGCGAAUCGACGUUCUUCCCAAUCGAUGCUUGCCACAGUGCUCCACGCUGCCCGAAAACGCCGAAUGUAUUGCACCGGACGAGCAUCGUUGUCUGGAAGGAUAUCAACCCAUGUACGAUCAAGAACUGCUCCAGGAUCGCUGCGUACCAAGCUGCGAACAAGAGUGUGAAAAUGGCACCUGUACAGCUCCCAAUCAGUGCACUUGCUUUGAAGGAUUCUCUGCGGGAUACAACGAAACGUGCAGCUCCAUCUGCGAGAAAGACUGUGAGGGACACAGCGGGGUCUGCGUCGAAAACCUUUGCCAGUGCUUCGAUGGCUACAGUAACCUGGUGAACGCCUACCUUUGCUCACCGGUUUGCGCUGGCUGUGAGCAUGGAGAGUGCCUAAUGCCAGACGAGUGCUCUUGUUUCGACGGGUAUGAGAUGAACAAUCAAACGGCCUCAUGCGAACCUGUGUGCGAUAAUUGCACCGGAGAUACGUACUGCAAAUCGCCGGGCCAGUGUGCCUGCUACGGAGAAGGCGCUAUGAUCACUGACGAACAGAACAACGUGCGUACGUGUAUCUUGCUGGCAGAAUCCUUCCAGCAGGCUGAUGAUAGCUUGGUUUGGUUGGCCAUCGUUGGAACGAUCAGUGGACUUACGGUGCUGUUCGCUGUAGCAUACGUCAUGUAUAAGAGAUCUACUGGUAGUUUCAACACUGCAGUAAGAAUGAGUGAAAUCAAAGUCAUUGAUUGAUCGGCCAGGAGACUGCCCCAUGGAGCAUAUUUAUUUAUAAAAUCUUCUCUUUCACGCUAUCCAUGACACAUUGGCAAAUCCUGUUUGGCUCCUAACUGUUUCAAAAUCUUUCAUAUGGCUAGUUGUUUUCAACCUAGCAACCUUGAAUUGUCCCUUGUUCGCGUGCGAGCGACUAGACAAAAAAUCAAAACUCUUGAAAACUCGCUCACACACACCUCUGGGUAGUUUGCUCCCUGUGAUUGCAAAGCAAUUCUAACGCCGCAUAAUUUCGCGUCGAGACAGCAGCGGUAGGAGCAAAAAGUCAAUGAAUAAAUGUUAUUUAUGGCCUGUCACGAUAUAUGACUUUGGUAGCGGAACCUCCCAACGAUACACCCCGUCCCAGCAGCAGCCACCAGCGAGACGAAUGCUAUGCCGCGACACCAUGAGUUAUAUGAUAACACCAAGGCAACCAUUUCGGCCUUGUUGCCCAAACCAGACGGGACACCGACGCCGAAUGGGUUCGUAGACCACCGAUUGGACCACUUCCCGACCAGCAGCAGCAGCAGUGCUGCACCCCUUUUCGAAACGGACAAAAACCAACCAACUCUCUGUAAAUUAUUGCUCAAUAAUAAAUAUUUUUCUACGAAUA